UCGCAUUUGUACUUGCAUACAAGGGAGCCAAAUAUACAUUUAAAACGUAGGCAUCUACCUUCUGUGAUUGCAAAUGUGGUCGCUUUCUGAAGCGCAGCGCGAGGAUGUUGUCCAGCGACUGAUCGCCAGCAUCUGCGCCCUUGCGCACGCCCGUGGCGUCGAGAUCAGCGCAGAGGUUGCGUCGGCGGCUGCGGCGGCCCUGGAGAAGAAGUCUUAUACGGCCGCUCAAGUAGCAGCGAGGACAACGACCGGGAGCCGGCCAGUAUCAGAGACCACUUCGGCCUAUGCACGCAAGCUAGGCGAGCUGGUCGUCCAAGUCGUGCGGGAUGGGGGCAAGCUGGAGGGCGCGGGGGCCGCACCGGGGGCCGGCGCAGGCCAACUGGAGUUCCUGGACCUUACGGGCUCCCGCGACUUCCUGACGGCUGAGAGCGCUGAGGAGGUGCUGGCGCCGCUGCUGGGGCCCGGGAGUGCUGUCAGCAGGAUCCGCUUCAGCACCAAGAGCUUCGGUCGGGAUGCGGCGGCGGUGGCGGCUCGCGCCAUCGCGGCGGUGUCCGGCUGCCUCACGGAUGCGGACAUCUCGGAUGUCAUUGCGGGAAGGCCGGAGGACGAGGCUCUAGAGGUGCUGCGGGUGCUGUCGGCCGCCCUGGCCUCCGCGCCCCGCCUCACCGCCCUCAACCUAUCGGACAACGCGCUGGGGGAGAAGGGUGUGCGCGCGUGCCAGGCGGUGCUGGCGGGGCAGGCCCCCCUGGAGUCCCUCUCCCUGCAGAACGUGGGCCUCUCCGAGCACGCCUGCCGCGCCACCUCGGAGCUGCUGGCCGACCCCGCCCGCCUGCGUCGCCUGCAGCUGUUCAACAACAUGAGCGGGGACGAGGGGGCGGCACACAUCGGGGGCAUGCUGGCACGUGCACCGCGCAUGGAGGACCUCCGACUGGCCUCCAGCCGAGUGGGCCCCGCGGGGGGUAUCGCGCUGGCUCAGGGGCUCAUGGCGGGCAGCUGCCUGGUCCGACUGGACCUCUCCGACAACCCCCUCACCUCCGAGGUCGCCCCCGCCCUCGCAGCCAUGCUCGCCACCCAGCCCCAGCUGCGCGCACUCAACCUGAACGACACCUCGCUGGGACCCGACGGCGUCACCACCCUCUGUACGGCGCUGGUAAAGUCGUACGGCAGCAGCGGGACAGCGGCGGGUGUACGACACCAGCAGCAGCAGAGGCUGGAGGAGCUGGGGUUGGCGCUGAAUGAGAUCGACCCCACGGCGGCAAAGGCCGUAGCCGCCCUCAUCGUGGCGCACGCCCCCAGUCUGCGGCUGAUCAACCUGCGUGAGAACGAGCUGGAGGACCGAGGGGCGGCGGUGCUAGCGCGGGCGCUGGCGGCGCUGGCGGCACCUGCCAGCGUAGACCUAGUGGGCAACCAGAUCCGGCGAGUGGGUGCGGUGGCGGUGGCUCGGGCGCUGUGCGGCAAGGCCUCCCUGGAGCUGUUGGCGCUGGACGAGAACAUGAUCAGCGAGGGAGGUCUUGACGAGCUGCGGGGUGUGAUGGAGGCGGCCGGCAAGUCGGCGGCGCUGGGGCCGCUGGACGAGAACAUGGAGGAGGACGACGAGGAGGAAGAGGAGGAAGAGGAGGAGGACGGGGACGACUUUGGUUUGUCGGAGAUGCUUGCGCGGGCUGGGCUUGCUUAGGGGUGCGACUGAGGAGAGUGAGCAGGUUGGGUGACGGGGGGUAAGGAAGCAGGACGCCAUGGUAUGGGGUUGUGGCGACAGAUACGAGUUGCAUGAGUCUGUACGGCAAAUGUUGUAUUAGGAUGACCAGCUCCGAAGGUUUUGAGUGCCCCGAGCUGACAUGUUUCUGAGGACGCAGCGGGGAAGGGGAGGUGACUGGUCAGGUAGGGCUAUAGGGCACCCCCGCAGGACUCUACGCGCAGGGGGCUGUCACGCAGGGUUACUGGCAUAUGCUGCAGCAGCGGUGGUGCGGGAUAUGUGACCUAGCUAUAUCUGCAGCUGGGGGUUGAGCGUUGAGGUCUCUCAGGUAGCAGUACUUAAGACUCACAGCUACUUGCGUGUAGGCGACCAGCGCCGCAGUAAGAAGUGAAUGUCGUACUGUCGGUGGUGGAUGUGCAGGGCAGCUGGGGGUUGGUGG